GAGGAGCGGACGGAGCACGGGGACACUGUCCCACCUCCGAGAGGCUCCAGAAACCGCAGACAUCCCCACAGCACACGGGAGCCGGGUAGGCUCCAGGGUGGUAGGCAGCGUGCGCUCGGCUGUGGAGAGCCGGCCUCGCUGCCUCUUGCAGCUACCACCGGAGCAGCCCAAGAGCCCGGCAGACAUCUCCGUAGGCUGUAUGGUGGAGAGCCGUACGGUGGGAGGUCAGGCUGCUAAACCCCUCUAUUCCACUUCAGGGCUUCGCGGUACAGCGGCGCUAUCCAUUCUGUUAGGUCUUUCGUCGGCAGAUCACUCGGGUGCAGAGGACAGCUCCAGGAUGUCAGGUGCAUACCCUUAACUGCACGGGCUCCGGGAACCCAAGGCCCCACCCUGACGACUUCGCAUGUUUGGAGCGCGGUUACCAGAAUGACCUAAGAGCAUGCUUUGUUGUCGGUCCGGUCGCCUGAGGAGACACCAUUCCACAUUGGGAAUUGUAACUUUCAAACCAGGGCUGGAGGCAUUAAAAAAAAAAAAAAAAAGUCGCUAACAGACAGAAUCCCGCUGUGGGGCGGAGCGUCCAGGAGAACGGUCACGUGGAGGAAGCGGAAGCCCUAACAUCACCUUCGCCCAGCCUAUCCUUGCACUGGUCUACGUUUAGGAGGACUGGAGCUCUGUCUUCCUCCUACUUUUGUCAUGCCUGGUCCCGGGUGAUGGCUCCGCCUGGGGAUCCCCGGCGCCUUUGCAGGCUGGUGCAGGAGGGCCGGCUGCACGCUCUGAAAGAGGAGCUGGAAGUGGCCGGAGGUUGCCAGGGGCCAGCCGGGGACACCCUUCUCCACUGUGCGGCCCGCCACGGGCGCCUGGACAUCCUAGCUUAUCUAGUGGAGGCUUGGAGUAUGGACAUCGAGGCUGCCAACCGAGACUACAAGAGGCCUCUGCACGAAGCUGCCUCUAUGGGCCACCGGGACUGCGUGUGCUACCUCUUGGACCGAGGUGCAGCCGUGGACUCGUUAAAGAAGGCGGACUGGACUCCUCUGAUGAUGGCUUGUACAAGGAAGAACCUUGAAGUGAUCCAGGUCCUUGUGGAACACGGUGGAGCCAAUCCGCUCCUGAAGAACAAGGAUGGCUGGAACAGUUUCCACAUUGCCAGUCGAGAAGGUGACCCUGUGAUCCUCCGGUACUUGCUCACUGUCUGCCCAGAUGCUUGGAAAACAGAGAGCAAAAUUAGAAGAACUCCUUUACAUACUGCAGCGAUGCAUGGCUGUUUCGAAGCAGUACAAGAGCUUCUUGAUAGGUGUCACUAUGAACCAGACUGUAGAGAUAACUGUGGCGUCACACCCUUCAUGGAUGCAAUUCAGUGUGGCCAUGUUAACAUAGCCAAGCUGCUCCUUGAAAAACAUAAGGCUUGCUCUUCAGCUGAAGAUAGCCUGGGGGCCCAGGCUCUCCACCGGGCAGCAGUCACUGGGCAGGAUGAAGCCAUUCGAUUCCUGGUGUCCAGUCUUGGCAUUGAUGUAGAUGUGAGGGCAAAGUCAACCCAGCUAACAGCACUUCAUUAUGCAGCCAAGGAAGGACAGACGAGCACAGUUCAAACUCUGUUAUCCCUGGGUGCCGACCUCAACUCUAAAGAUGAAAGAAAUCGCUCAGACUGUACUGGGGAUUGAAAUCAGAGCCUUGCACAUCCUAAGCAAGUACCCUGCCACUGAGCUACAUCACCAGCCCCAUAUUUUGUUUCUUCUGCCCUUCAGGUGGAGUGAAAUUAAACAUCGUGUCCUGGGUAUCCUUAGGGAAAUAUUGUAAUGUGAAUGAAUGUAAUAUAGCCUUCUUUAAAUAUAUGAAAAUGUAAUAAAACUAGAAAUGUAAAUUGCU